UACACUAAUUUUUGGAAUUCCGCUUCCGUUCAGUGGAAUUCAAUAAUUCUCCACAACUUUAAUCCCGCACGUCCAGAUAAGAGGCACAUCCACAUUUACUGUUUUGCUUAUCAAAUGGCUUCUUCACCGCAGAAAUCACCGUCCUCGCCGAAAGCUCCCACUCCGAAGUCGCCUUGCUCCAGGAAAAAAGAUGAGUCUUUUCUUGGAAAACUUGGUGGAACUUUAGCAAGAAGAAAAAGGGCAAAAGAAGUGUCUGAGCUACAGGAGGAGGGGAUGAAUGCGAUUAACCUGCCCCUCAGCCCCACACCCUUUGAGCUGGACCCUGAAGACACCAUGCUUGACGAGAAUGAAGUCCGUACCAUGGUUGAUCCCAACUCAAGGAAUGAUCCCAAACUCCAAGAGCUGAUGAAGGUGCUCAUUGAUUGGAUCAAUGAUGUGUUGGUGGGAGAGAGAAUCAUUGUUAAGGAUCUAGCUGAAGACCUCUAUGAUGGACAGGUUCUUCAAAAACUCUUCGAGAAACUGGAGGGAGAGAAGCUGAAUGUGGCUGAGAUGACUCAGUGUGAGAUCGCUCAGAAACAGAAGCUGCAGACGGUUCUGGAAAAGAUCAAUGACACCCUCAAAGUUUCCUCCAGGAACAUUAAAUGGACUGUUGACUCGGUUCAUGCGAAGAACAUUGUGGCCAUUCUUCACCUGCUUGUGGCUCUUUCUCAGCAUUUCCGGGCCCCUAUCAGACUGCCAGACCAUGUGUCCAUUCAAGUAGUCGUGGUCCAGAAACGAGAGGGAAUACUUCAGUCUCGGCAGAUUCAGGAGGAAAUUACAGGCAACAUAGAGGCAUUGUCUGGAAGAUAUGAGCGAGACGCCUUUGAUACCCUUUUUGACCAUGCGCCAGAUAAGCUGGAUGUAGUGAAAAAGACUCUUAACACAUUUGUGAACAAGCACUUAAACAAGUUGAAUCUGGAUGUGUCGGAGCUGGAAACGCAGUUUGCAGAUGGCGUGUACCUGGUCUUACUGAUGGGACUCCUAGAAGGAUACUUUGUGCCCCUCUAUAACUUCUUCCUCAUCCCUGAAAAUUUUGAUCAUAAGGUGCACAAUGUUUCAUUUUCCUUUGAACUGAUGCAAGAUGGCGAUUUGGAGAAGCCAAAGCCCAGGCCAGAAGACAUUGUCAACUGUGACCUCAAGUCCACGUUGAGGGUCCUCUACAAUCUCUUCACCAAGUACAGGAAUGUGUAGUGACAGAGAAGCAGCGAAACGGCUUGAUUUAAUAAAGCCAAAAUGCUCAGUACAUCACAUCCUUAUCAGUAUUAUAUUGCUGUUGUAUUUUUUUUCUAUUUCUUUUAUGUUUGAAAUUGAGCAUAUACGUAUAUUUAUUCAGUCUGAAAGAUAUUUAACAAUCACAUUCCGUUGACCUAUUUAUAUAAUAUUAAUAUAAUAUUUUAUGAUGAAUAUGGCAAUGGACAUAUGGAAAUAAUGCACAAUACUGUGAUACUGUAAAUGUAUUUUGUUUGUUGUCAAGAGUCACUUUGGAUUAUUUGGCUUCAUCUAUCAAAUGCAUUUAAAUAUAUGAAGUAUUUUCUUUUUAUGAUAGCAGAUACAAGAUAUAAUAGAAAUGUAACCUAUUCUUUUAAAAUGGAUUUAGAACAAUUAGGCUGUGGGAGAUUUAUAUUGGUGCAUGAAGAUGUUUGCUAGAUUAAGAAAGUAGCAUGGGCAUUCAAUUAAAAUAGAUUCAAUUAAAAGGACGCUGAAAUUGUUUUUGCACUGUAGAGGUUUAAAGUCACCAUGAAAUCAAAUUGGACCAUUUUUAUAUUUUUAUGGAAUAUGUAGUUUUUAUUAUUAAACAUUUAAACAUUUA